AUGGAUCUGAUGGAGGAAGGAGACGUGAGCUGUGGAGUUAAAAACUGUAGCACGCCAGGCUUCCAGGAAAACUGCUCCAACCCAGACUGCCACUGGGAGGAACCAAUAUUUGGAUCAGUCGAGUUAGUUGUCGUGACUGUGAUUUAUGUUCCGCUGAUGCUCUUCGGCCUUUUUGGAAACACACUGACUCUUCUGGUGGUUUGGCUCCGCCCACACAUGAGAAGCUCCACCUACCUCUACCUGAGCAGCAUGGCUGUUAGUGACCUGCUGAUCCUCCUGCUGCUGCCUCUGGAUCUAUAUAAGCUCUGGAGACCCAGACCCUGGUCCUUAGGAGACCUCUUCUGUAAGCUGACCAUGUUCCUCUCCGAGUGCUGCACCUUCUGCACCAUCCUCCACAUCACCUUUCUCUCCCUGGAGAGGUAUCUGGCGGUCUGCUGGCCAAUCACUGCUAAGACGCUGGUGACACGGCGCAGAACCAGGGCUCUGAUUGGCUGCCUCUGGCUGGGAGCGGCUGUCAGUGCAGCACCAGUGUUGGUCAUGGUGGGAGUGGAGGAGGUCGGAGGAGGAGAGGAACUAGGCCUCAGGGAAUGGAGGGAGGAUGCAGGGUGGAUGGGCAGAGAAGGAGAACAGGGUGCAUUUACUAUAGGUGGAGGGGAGAGAGGAAGUGGACACAUGACUUCUAUGCAGGGAGGAUUGGAGGAAAUGAAGUGGGAAGAAAAAGAGAUAAAGGGAUGGGGUGAAAGCAUUGCAGAGUUUGAGAGAAAACUGGGGAUUGGAGAAACAGGAGACAGAGGGCAAGUGAAAGAAGAAAAAGAGGCUGACGAGGGAGGAGGGGAAAAGGAAGGGAAGAUGGAAGAUGAUGGGAUACAGCAAAAUAAAAUGAGAGAAGACGAGGGAGGCGGAAGGGAAGAGGGUGUUGAUAAGAGAAGAGAGGUGGACAACAGAGAGUGCCGCUGCACACACUUCGCCGUCUCCUCUGGCCUCCUGUCGGCCAUGAUGAUUCUCUCCAACCUGUACUUCCUGGUACCCCUGUGCAUCCUGGGACUGGUCUAUGCCCUGAUUGGACGGACUCUCUGGCUCCGUCCUCAAAGAAGCCGUAAAGACAAGAGUCACCGACACACAGUCAAGAUGCUGGGAGUGAUCGUCUUGGCCUUCGUCCUCUGCUGGCUGCCCUUCCAUGUCGGUCGGACCAUAUUCUCUCUUUCUCUGGGCAACUCCCUCUUUAUAUAUUAUCUUUCUCAGUAUUUCAACCUGGUCUCCUCGGUUCUCUUCUACCUCAGUGCUGCCAUCAACCCUCUGCUGUACAACCUGAUGUCCGCCAGGUACAGACACGCUGUGCGUAGCCUCGUGCACACACACUGUCUCACACCGUCUCACCGGCUGAGUACAACACUCUCAUCAGGAUACUCCACAACCACUUUGUAA